GCAUUCUUUUUGAGCUCACUUUUUGAAAGUGAGAUUACUCGUUAUUGUGUUUCGGAAUUCCAUAAAAGCUUCAGACAAGAUAAAAACAAUUGAUAAUUAUUCAACCUGUCAGCCACAUGCAACUUCCCAUACCAGACUGAAAUCUGCAUAUGCUGAUCAAGGAUUGGUAAUCCUAAUUGACUGUUUCAAGUUUGGUCGAAGAGGGCAUUGAAUUUAUCACUGAAUUGAUCAUAUCGAUCUUAUAUGGAGUAAUCUAAUUACAUUGAUUCCCUUGAACAAGACACAAAAAAAAUUAUUGAGUACACUAUAGUUCUUCAACUCCAGUUCAUUCAUUUCUGUGCAAUGAAUCACUAACUAUAUUUUUUACUCUGAAUUGUCGUGGAAAUUUUUAUAUACAUAAAUAUAUAUUCAGUAUUUCUUUAGAACAACAGUGAAAAUUGUGAAAAAGUGUAUAAAACUAUUCUUUGCUUUGAUAUAUUCCAUUAAAUCAAUACAGUAUGUGGAAACGAAAACUACCUUUAAGAUAAAAAGAAGAAGACAACGGACCAAUGACCUCCUAUAAACUUAUUUCAAGUAUUUUUCCUCUAGUUUCAGAUAAUUGUUUUAUUCCAAGAAUCAUUUCACAUCAGUACGGGUGCUUAUAAUAAUAAUGAUAAUAAUGUUUGCAGUUAUACUCAUAUUCAUGACACUUAUUACGUGAUCCUGAUAUCCAACACACAAGUAGCAGCAUCAACAACAGUGACAGUAAUAAUACAUAAAUAUUCGAUGAUAUUUCAAAUGAUCCUGUGGAAUAGAAUUCACUCAUUUAUACACUUGCCUAAUUACUGGUUGAACACAUUUCAAAUAAUUUACAGACAUAUAUUAAUUAUGGGAAUACUACUUAUUAUGGCUAGUAAUACCAUUGUGGGUGCAGAGAAUUCUACAGGCACGGAUGUGAACAACAGUAAUAAUAAUAAUAAUAACUUAAGUACUGGAGCUUUAAUUGGUUUGGUCAUUGGUUUGAUUAUCAUUUGUACAAUAAUCAUUGUCAUCAUAUACUGGUGUAUUCGUCUACGUCAUUUUUACUUGAGUCAAAGACACACAAAAAUGUAUGAUGCAGAUAUGAUUCAACCAAGUCAAAAUAAUAUUAACCAUAGCAGUGGAAUACAUUUUCCAAGCGUACUCCAACCACCACCACCACAACAACAACAACAAUCAAAUCUCUAUCAAUCUAGAAGUUUGAGUAAAUCAAUGCUUAUGGGACAGGCGAUUGAUCCAUCAAAUGGACAACGUCGAUCAUAUUAUCCUAAUCUUAAUCAAGGUGGAUAUUUCAAUACCUGUAUCAUAGAAGAUCCAUUGAAACAAUCUGCUGCAACAGAUAGUAAAGUAAAUGGCGUAGUCAAUCUGAGUUCUGUAGAUCGAAAAAGUGUAUCAAAAUUUUCGCAAUGUUUACAAUCGCCUAGUUGGACUGAUCACCACUACUAUAAUACACAUCAUUUCAAUUCUGGAUCUAAUAAUGAUGGAUUCGCCUAUAAUUUUCAUCAAAGAAAGUCUACAAUAAAUGAACCAUAUAUUACUGCAUUUCAUAUUGAUCCACUUGAAUCAGUUGGUUGUCAACCAUCAUCUUCUUUUGCUACAGCUUCUUCAUCAGACAUUGUUUCACGCUCCAGGAUAAGAUCAAUUGCUUUUCUAUCACAAUUAAGUGCAUUUGGCUUAAAGAAUAAACGACGUCUCUCACAUUUAACCCAAAAGUCAACCAAAUUUAAAGAAAAAGUCCUACAUAAUUCUACUGCUAACAAUAGUGUAGGCAAUAGUAGUGUUUUCAAUGAUGAUCAAUCGAACCCUCUACCGAUUAAAGAAACUUAUAGUAAUGGCUAUGAAGGUUAUCAUAAUACAAACAUCUUGUCUGAUAAUCUGGAUGUUGAUACAAUGGAAUCACUGGAUAAUGAUUACUUUUUAUAUAGUCUACAAGCAGCUAUAUUCAAUGGUCUCAUUCCAUCCAGUCCUACAAACAAUAAGGUUUAUCCUCCAGUAAAUGAAUAUCAUAAAUUUUCAUUUCCUUAUACAACAAAUACAAUUCAUGAAGAAAUGGAUCCAUCUUUUGGUGAAGAUCUAGGCUUAGGCAAUACUCGUUUAUCCUCUUCACUAAGUGCAUAUUCUUCAUCGAACAGAAAUUCGAAGGCAUUUUCUCCUGAUUAUACUACUGUUAGUAAUCCUAGUAGUAGUAAUAGUAAUAAUCGCUUUAAAUUCCCACCGCCUGGUCCACCAGUUGCUGGUUGGGUUAACCAGUUUGCUCUACGAGAGGAAACCUUGAAAAAUUCAGUUUCUACUAUUUCUAAUCCAAAUACUGUACUACCGCCGCUAUCAGAACAAAAUGAGAGAAAAGCAUCUCAAAAAAAGCAGAAGAAACAACAACAGAACACUCCAUCAUCAUUAUUCAAUACUUCUCUAGACAAUUCUCCCAUCACUAUGCUCAAAACUACUGACUUAUCUUCUACUACUAAUAAUAAAAAUAGUAAUGAUUCUAUUAUUGCUGCCGCCGCAUCCUCACUAGCCACCGUCAGUAGAUCCAUUUCAUCUGUACCACCAUCACCGCAACACAUUCCAUUCCAAUUUGUGCAUUCAUCUCGUUCACUUGGUUUAGCAUCUUCAAAUAUUAUUCCAAGAAGACAUGCAAUCAUGAAAUAUCCUAUUCAAGAGAUACCGAUAGUAAGCAAUUUAAGAAGGUCAGUUCAAAUUAAUCCACCAUCCCAGCUAUCUUCAACACUAACUAAGUUAGAUAUACUGGUUGCGCCACAUAAUUCUCCUGUUAUCUUAGCCAAUACAAAAUUGACUUCUGAUUGUGGUUUGCUGUUAUUUGACAGUAGCAAUAGUGGUGCUAAGAAUAAUGAUAAUGUGAAUCAAGGUCAACAGUUACAAAGCCCUUUGAGUUAUUCAGACGCACAACAGAGUGACAGCGGUUAUCAUGAUUCAAUCGUCAUCCGUGAACACUCCUUACUGUCAUCAUUGUCUGUAGAUCACUCACUAGAUUUCCAAUCAUCACCGAUAUUGCUAACAUCAUCAGAUAAUGAAUUGACAAAAGAUUUGUUUAGUACUGUUACCGCCAUUCCCACCGCCAUCAAUGAUACUACUCACUCUACUACUACUAAUUCCAUUCCCAUAACUACUCAUUCAAGUGUAGACAAUACACUAAAUGACCAUUCAAUAGUAGGUGAUAGUAGUAAUUUAAACAAAAUUAUGGAGUAUGCUUAUGCAAAACUAGAAAUUCCUUUGCCUAUUUCACAACCUAUUCCAGUUUCGUCGUCAGCAUCAUUAUCAUCAUCGAUUAGUUCACCGAGUACUGGAGCAAGUUCUGACAAUAGCACCAGCGUUAUGCUACGUGAUAAUUCGGGUGUAGAUCGAAAGUUUUCUAAUCCAUGUAUGAGUACUGCAUUGAGUAUUAACAGUGCUCAUUUCAACACUAAUAAUCAUAGUCAACUUAGUUUUCGUUCACCGAGUGAUCCAGAUUUAUUUCUAACCUUUUGUGAAGAUUCAAUACGAAAGUCAACUAUGAAUCAACCAUUACCACAAUACAUUGAUCACCGGCAUCAUCCUGCUGUCUCUGGUGUUGUUAAUUCCUCACGUACAAAUUUUGCUUCAAAUGGUAUGAUGAAGUUGAUGAUGAUGAGUACCUUGUCAGAUUCAUUUAAAUAUCAUCUUACACGUCAAAAAUCUGAAAGUCAACUUCUUACUGAUCGUCAUGAUUCAUUUGAUGAAGUUCUAUGGGAUUUUCAACCAACUCCUUUAUACUGAUGAACAGAAACAGACUGGUAUUCUUUCUUCAUGAUAUAUUACUGUUUCUGGUCACUUGCUUUUGAUAACUUUGUCAUCUGUCCAAGUACACACACACACACACAGUGAAUAUUGAACCUACACCAGAAAUACAUUCAAUACUCAAGGUGUAUUCUCACAUUAUAACCACCCUGACAAACUUAACUAGGUAAGACAUCAAUUCUAGAAUUUGGAAGCAUUAAACCAUAUUUUCACUCUUGUUUCUUCCCAGUUAUACCCUGAACAAGCUUUGAUCUUAUUGUUUACAUCUUCUUUCUCGUUUCAAUAAUACAAAAAUAUUAUAUGUCAUUAUUAACUGUGAUAAAUUUCCUAUUCAUAACUAUAGUUUUUCCAAAUCAAUUUUAACCUCACCUUAUAUACUACUUAUUUAAGUAACAAACCUGAAAGCAAUAAAGAUAAGGUCAUUGCAAGUGAAAGCAUAUUUUGUUUCAUCUCUGUUCACUUGUUCUUUCCUUCAAUUACCUUAUUGUCUAUCCAUUCAAUAAUCCAAUGACUACAGCUGUUAAUGUUCACGAUGGCACCGGUGCUGUCGCACUUCAAUACAUUACUUAACUUUUUAUAGUUUUUAUUCACCAUGACAACAUAUAUUCUCUUUACUAUUAAAUGCUUUGUUUAUUUUUAUUUUUCCUUUCAUACUUCACUUAACCAAUUUAACGGUGUAUUUUCUACGCUAAAUUGUUUAUAACUAUGACAUGUUGUAUAUUUGUUGAACAGAAAUUUGUGUAUAAUACCGUCAGAAUAUUUAGUAACUACGAUCCAAAUGACUUUUUUGUACACUGUACUCUGUUAUCAAUACGCUGAGUUCAUCAUUGUCAUCUUUAUGACAGGAAAUAUAUCUAUGUUUAUAUAUUUUUACAAAGUGAAGUUUCAUUUAAACUGCAUCAUUUAAGCUGUCGGUGGUUUGUUUUUAUGACACCCCUCCUCCUAUUCCUACUCUCUUUAUCAGUGUUAUCUCUUUGCUAUCCUUGUUUUGGCCUUUCUUAUCAACAAAAACCAUUAUUUUUUGGUACGUGAUACACAAAACUAUAGUCACAUCUCUCUCUCUCUCUGCAUUAUGGUUGGUGUAUCUCAAUCUGUAUGAGUGUUGUGUGCUGGUGUGUCCAAGAAUCCUCAGCAAUGGGUUUAUGUAUAUCGUAAAAGAGAGAGCACGUUGCAAUAAUCAAUAAAAGAUUAAACUUACACCUUUUCUUUACUAUUUUAUCUCUGCAUUUUAUUUUUCCACCUUUAUAUAUAUAUAUAUAUAUAUAUAUAUAUAUAUGUAUGGAAACAGUUCUUACACUCGCUAACUGCUGAUGUUAUUAUUAUUGUUUAUAGAGAUUGAAAUGUUUUUCUACAUUUGUGAUACAAACUAUUUUCUCUCGCUUUUUCAUUCUUUUAUUACAAUGGAAAACAUUAUUUUGCCAUUUUUCUCUCAAUCUGUUUCUUCUGUGCUUUCCUUUUCUCCUCAUAGAGAGUUAAUAACAAAUGUCAUCAUUACUGAAUACUACUGCUAUAAUACAUUGAUGCAUAUGAACUAUAUUUUUACGAAAUAUUCUGCACUACUUCAUCUUUGCUUAGAGUACCUUGAUGGUAACGUCUGGUCUAUUCGAUUCGUUGAAAUGCUAUGAGACUCA